UGGUGCUUUGCUUGAUUAGUGUAAGUGGUAACCUAUAUAGUAGAUAUCAGAGUUUCAAUAAUAGUGAUGGCAGCAAAAAGCAGUGACUUGAAGCUUUUGGGUGGAUGGUUCAGUCCAUUUGCCUCGAGGGUGAAGAUUGCACUUAACAUCAAAGGAUUGGAAUAUAAGAACAUUGAAGAGGACUUGAACUCCAAAAGUGAUUUUCUUCUUCGUUCCAAUCCCGUGCACAAGAAAAUCCCAGUUCUAAUUCAUGGUGACAAACCCAUAUGUGAAUCCUUAGUCAUAGUUCAAUAUAUUGACGAGGUUUGGUCCAAUGGUCCUUCUAUUCUUCCUCGAGAUGCUUAUGACAGAACAAUUGCUAGAUUUUGGGGUUCAUACAUUGACGAUAAGUUCUUGGUUUGCAUGAAGAACAUUCUAAUGGCCGCUGGAGAUGAAGAGGAAAAGAAGCGACACUUGGAGCAAUUGGAGGAAGAAGUGCUUGUGACGUUGGAAGAGGCAUUCAACAAAUGCAGUGAAGGAAAGUCCUUCUUUGGAGGGAACAAGAUUGGAUUCAUUGACAUUGCCUUUGGGAGCUUCUUGCCUUUUCUACGUGUGUUCGAAGAGAUGAAUGGAAGGAAGAUCCUCGUUGCCGACAAGUUUCCAGAACUGGUGAAUUGGGCUACAAAUUUUGUUGAGUAUUCCACUGUGACUGGAACUCUUCCUGAGAUUGACAAGCUUGUUUUGUUUACUACGGCUCUUCAAGAAAAAUGGGCUGCUGCUAAAGUUGCUGCCAAGUAAAAUAAUGUUAUUGGAAUGAUGUUAUGAGAUUUUGGAGUUUUCUUUUCUCUUUGGUUUGAAUAUUAUGUUUCUUUGAUGGCUCUUUUUUAAUCUAUUUAUUUAUUGUGUCACA